AUGACCGUCCUCAACAUCGAUGAGGAAGACAACCUCGCCCGCAUGCGUCGCGGGGACUUAUACUACGCCUUUACACCAGAUUUGGUCGCCGCUCGCCAGCGUUGUAAGCGCGCCGUCGCUCGUUUCAAUGCAGCCGAAGACCUAACCCGGCGCCAAAUGGCCGAGCAUUGGCGGCAAAUAACCAAUGAUCAACGUCCGCUACCUCCACCCGCUGCCACUGAAGAUGAGGAGGACGCUGCUCUGCAUGAGUAUCCUUGGCUUGAAGGGCCUAUCAAGAUGGACUAUGGUACUAAUGUCAAGGUUGGAAGCAAUGUCUUCAUCAACUACAACUGUACCUUCAUCGAUACAUGCACCGUUUCAAUCGGUUCAAGAACCUUGAUAGGCCCAAACGUUUCAUUCUUCUCGGGAACUCAUCCUCUUGACCCUGAGUUACGCAAUGGCACUAAUGGACCAGAGAUGGGUGGUACAAUUACUGUGGGAGAGGAUUGCUGGCUGGCCGGCAAUGUAACGAUCCUCCCAGGUAUUACCAUCGGCAAGGGAUCGACAGUUGGUGCUGGAAGCGUUGUCACAAAGGACGUACCUCCUUAUCACGUUGUUGCAGGAAAUCCAGCCAAGAUUCUACGCAAGCUUGAAAGAAACCCGAAAGGGGAGCAAGACGUGCAGGGCAACGUUGCUGAUGCUGACGUAUGA